AUGGAAUGGGUGACUCUGGCUUUAGGGGCUGCAGCUGCCUUGUUUGCCCUUGGAGAUGUCUGGUACUUUCUCAGGAUGCCCUUGACGAUGCUCUACGCCAGGUGGUGCCAGCCCACCGUCUGGGACUUGCUGGAGGAGCAAGAUUUCUCCGGCGUGGUGCUCCUUUCGGACCUGGACUUCUUGCUGCACAUGAAUAAUGCUCGCUACCUCCGGGAGGCCGACUUCGCGCGGGUGGUGCACCUGACCCGAUGCGGGCUCCUGCGGGCCGUGCGGGCCCUGGGGGCUCACACCGUCCUGGCCGCCUCCUGCUGCCGUUACCGGCGCUCCUUGCGCUUCCUGGAGCGCUUCGUGGUCCGCACCCAGUUGCUGGGCUGGGACGAGCGGGCCUUCUACCUGGAGCAGUGCUUCGUCAGCGCCCGCGACGGCUUCGUCUGCGCCGUGGUCCUCGUCCGCCAGCACGUGGUGGGCGCCAGCCCCGACAAGGCCGUGUCGUACUUGUGCCGGAGAAAGGUAAGGCUCGAAGGCGCUGUGUCGGAAGACAGCGCCGGCGUAAGCGGGACGUUGCUAAGCUCUGGAAUUGUAGAAUCGCAGAGUUGGAAGGGGCCUUAA